AUGAUAAAUACAGAGAUCUUGAUUCAUGGACUUGUGUUGACAAAUGCCCUGUAGGAAAGAUUCAAAUCACAACUCAGACUGAUUAAUUAAAAACUAAAUAAUUCAAAUACUGCAGAGGAAAUGAGAUUUUUAUUGACCCCUCCUCAAAAUUAAGUAACAUAGAACUAGGAAUAAAAGCAUUUCCAUUCAAAUCUCUAGAUGAUGCAUUUAGAGAACAUUUCAACAAUUAAAAAUUAUUGGAGACCUGCAUCUAAUUUUAAUCCGACUUUUGAUUAAUCCCUUAAAAACUCGAGAUUUUAUGAUUUCCAAAAAGUAGCUCUCCUUGGUAUUUUCCCAUAAACUUAAAUUGGCACAAUAAAACUAAAAUUUGUAAUUUACAAUUCCAACCUUUUAGUUUAAGACUUAAAUUUUACAGAAAUAACCUCAUAAGAUACAACUACUGAUGCCCUCUUUGUUCCGAAAUAUUCCCAGUAUAGAUGGAUAAACAUUACUAAUUGCUAUUUUCAGCUAAGAUAAAUGCAUUUCUUUGUAGAUGAUGGAUCUAACUUAAAGAUAGAAAAUUCUUUCAUUGAUAUAAUAUAAUAGAGUAGAAUAGUACAAUAUGCUGCAAAAGCUGAUUGUAGUUAUCAUUAAAAUAUCGGAAUAGGAAAUAACUUAAUCUUUCAUAACAAUACUUUCAAAGAUUUUGAAUGGUUAGAUUAUGGAGUUUCUAUUAUAGUAGAAUAUUAAAAUCUGAACUGCCAAAUUCAACCAAUAACUCAUCUGAAAAUAGAUAAUAACAAAAUUGCAAAUUAUGAAAAAUAAAGACUUUCAUACAUUUUUUUCACUUUGAAUUUGGGUUCCGAUGGAUUAUAAAAUCUCUUUGUUGAUUUUUAAAAUAACACAUUCAAGAAUAUUCUUAACUUGAAUGAUGAAAAUAUAGCGGUUCUAUUGUAAUUAAGUUCGUCAAAAUAUGUUUCUUGGCAUUGA